UUGGUUGAGGACUGAAAGCCUUCAGCCUGAAAAGCAGGUGUCGUUCUUCAACUCGAUGUCGUUUUCUUUACUUUUUCCGCUCAUUAAAAAAUUGUAAAUAUUACGUCCGAAAGGGAUUUCAGUGAGUCUUCAUCAUUUGGAAUGUUUCGUUGUAUUCAUUAAAAGCCUAUCAAAAGGAGUUCGUCUACUUUGUGCGUGUUCCGAUUCUCAUCAUAGCAUUAUUUGUUGCCAUGAGUGAUGAGCUUGUGUGCUUCUUUAUUCGUUUGUGCCUCACUUGAAUCUUUUUUCCAUCGUCUACUAUUAUAAGAGAAGCUGCUUUACUUUCCCAAGCAAAAAUCAAUUUAGGCACCGUGUCGGUUAUCCUAGGUGCUGAGAUGAGAGUUGAAGAGGCUGAAGACGAAGAUGUUUCAGCUGGUGAGGCCUUGUUAGGUUUUCCAGGUGCUUCAAAUGCAAUGAGCCAAAGUAGUGGCUUGAACCCGCUUAGCAGUGGAAGUGGUGCAAUAUCAUCAGACUCCAAUGUGACAUUAUGGCAGUUUCUUCUGGAGUUAUUGUUGGGUGGAUCACAGCAUGCUCAUCUCAUAUCAUGGACAGGAGAAGAAGGGGAAUUCAAACUACUAGACGCCGAAGCUGUUGCCCGCUUAUGGGGUCAGCGUAAAAACAAGGCGAACAUGAACUACGACAAAUUAAGCAGAGCUCUUAGAUAUUAUUAUGACAAAAACAUCAUCCGAAAAGUCAUGGGCCAAAAAUUUGUCUACAGAUUUGUGUCAUAUCCGGAAGUGAUGAAAGCAGACAAGUUAUCAUAUUCCUCGCCGUCAUUGGCGAAUCGGAUGAUAAUGAAAUCGGAGAAGCAGGAAGAAGAAGAGAACGCUGCUGCUUUUCGUGAUAGCAACAAACAACAUGCAGAGAAAGUAUGUUCAUCAAGCCCACAAGCCAUCGGCCUACCGGGGUACUAUCUCAAUGGAAUGGGAAUGCAGUCCAUUGCUAGAUUAGCGUAUGCAUCAAGCGGAGAAGUCCCCGGGUUAGUUCGACCCACCUCUACUACAGCGCCUCUACAGUUCAAUAACAACAAUAGUGUUCAUGUUGUUAACCCAUCGCUACCUGCCUACACACUGCCAUCUGAUUACGGACUAAAUCUAAGUUCCAAACUGUCAGACGCCAAAUCAUGUGAUGUCAAAGAUUCGGCCAAGAAAAAUAGUGAAGAUUUAACAUCUGCUCGUCAAAGUAGUGCCAUCAGUUCUGCAGCUUUCCCGGAUGGUGGACAGAACUCUAAUGAAAGAGCUGACAGAGAUGCAACUGUGCCACUCAAUCUAAGUGCCGAUACGGCUGAUGACAAGAAGGUCAAGCGUGCAGCGAAUGACGCGGAAAACGCAGAAAUGGAUCGUAUGAAGCGGGUCAAAAGCGAACAAACCGAAGCCACAGAUUUAAGCAUGAAAAACACUACAACUGCUUCACAGAGUCGCCUCACUAGCCAUUCGGAGGCGAGCAACGAUUUCGCUGGCAAUCGGUUAUCUCGGCCAAAAGCUAGACCUAAACCACGGCCAUUAGUUCUUCCCGAUUCGUCUCUUUCACACUUCCGAGGUGGAAAUAUGCCGCCCGUUUCCAGUCCACUGAGCUCUUCACCGUGUUCUUCAUUAUCACCAUCUACCUUACAUUCGCCAGCUCCGUCUUCAUCACCAUCAAUGUCGUCGCACAAUCACGCCACCAUGAGUAAACCUCCUCAUUCACCCUCGCUGCAAACGCCAUUCUUCAGCAACUUCCCAGCUCCACUUCCGUCACCUAGUCUUUUUCCAAACUACCCCUCUCCAUUUAUUCCGAUGGCUACGCCGUUGCCUCACCCGCACAGUCAUGCCCUGAAUACGGCUCAACUUCAUUUUUGGAGCUCGCUCAGCCCUUUGGCCGUCGCCAGUAGCCCUCGUUAUCCCAUCAAUAGUAAAGGUUCUUCCGGAAGCGCGAGCGGGGAGAGUGGAAGCGAAGGGCCACCUUCUUCGGCCGCAUUGCUUAGUGCCUUCCCAAGCUCAUCUGCUCUCCCAUCUUUAUCGCCUUCUCAUUUUACUUUCCCUGUUCCGGCGUUCCCCUUCACUGCACCGCUAUCCUUCUCCAAUCCGUUGCGGUCGCCAUUAUUUACUCCAGGACCUCAUAUACACCUCAGUAAUCAUCGGAAAGAGCGAGAAAAGGUUAAAGAGGAGCCCAAAGACGAUACGAGUUGUGCCGAUCAGGAGGAUACAGACGACAAAUCGAAAUCUGUUGUAAAAAAGGAAGAAGAAGAAGGAAACGAAGAAGCUGAAAUGGGCGAUAAAAAUGAAGAGACAACUUCCGCAAGGACACGGUCCGUUUCAUCUUCUCCGUCUGAAUCUUGAUUUAUCAGAUCGUCAUAUCCUACUCUGUUUUUUAAAUGGUUGUUUAGUUGGUUGUUUUUACUUUGAAUUGGAUUCGUUCGCUCAGACAGGGAAAGGGGAGGGGGGGAUUGAACCAGUUUUUUUUUUCCUUUAUUGCCAUAGCCUUAUCAACAACAAAGUCCUGCGUCUUCCAUUCAUUUACCUUCUUUUGCGUUGUCUUUGAUUCAGCCUAAUUUUUGAUGUUCUUUUCUUGCUAAAUUACAACGAUUCGUUUGUAAUUAUGGCCAUAUUUUUUAGUUUCAAGUCCAAACUUUCUUUCUAAUUUCUUCAGAAACUGUUUAAAUUGGAUCACGUAUUCGAUUCUAGCUAAUGCUAGAAGAUUUCCUUUUUUUUCUUCCCCCGUUGUUGCUUUUUUUUCGUUGAUAAUAGCGUAUAACUUACGUUAGUUUCAUCUCCUCGUUUGCCUGCAUUUGUUGUUUUAAAAUCAUCGGUUUUUCUUUUUUUUUUUUUAAUAUUUGCUUUGGCGUGGGUGAAGAUUGUUCAAAAUGUAUCUUGUUUAGUGUGUUACGUUGUACAUUGACGUGCCUUGACUUGACGGUUCAAUCUUUCACCUGUAUUAGGUAGGAAAGUCCGACGCGUUUCUAUAAGCUUAGCGUUAUCGUGCGCCAGAGACAGUGCGGAUGUUCCAAUCAACAGGAAAUACCUGAGGGAUCUUCCCCAAUUUUGAAACAAAAACAAAAAAAAAAUAAUAAUAAUUCUGAAUGUUGCCAAUUAUUGAACGACUUAUUAUAAGAAGUGCCAUCGCGUUCCGAUGCUGCGGACACGCGUUCUUUUGUCUUCUUGUAUCAUCUCUUCUAGAAUUUUGUCUUUCUAUUGUGUUAGUACGAAGGCUUAGUUGAAAUUCUGGAUAAUUGUUUCUAAACGCCAAAUCAUUUUUUUUUUAAUUCAUAGUAAGGGGAAACUAAUCUGUUCUUAUAUCCCAGAAAAAAAAAACACCAGCUCAAACUAUCCGAGGGUUCAUUGCUGUGAUAGUUAGGCGACUUGUUUUUUAUUGAUUUCGAUGAAGGAGGAGAGAAAAUAGGAAAAAAAAAAACAAAUUGUUAAAGUUUAUUCAUCCCUGUUCGAAGAAAACAAAACAAAAAGAAUUUCGAACUUAAUUUUCAGAAAUCGGGUGCAUUUUGGAAACAUCAUUUUGAAUAAUGUUGAAUGUAUGCCUCUUCCCUGAAUGCCUGCUCCGUCUCUCCCACUCCUCUCUCCUUUGAUUGUUUUUGAAAACUCGUUUGCGAAAUACGUUUGAUUUCUCAUCAUCUUUUGUAACGUCGCACUGGCAGGAAAGUGGAGAAAAGAAGGCUGGAUUGGCUUGGCCGAUAUGGUAUUUUCAUUUUCUCUCCGAGUCGAUGAGUGUCAAACGAACGUACUCAACAAUACACCAUCAUUACGCGAUAA